GCCGCCGCCCCGCGCCGUCGGUCGGCUCCCGGCCGGCGCAAGGGCAAACGGGCCACACGGGUGUUGGUGCCAGAAGGAAAGAAUGAUUAAUGAGAAGCAGACACCUGGCUAUAGACACUCAUCCUUUUGCUUCAGAUACUGAUAUCCUGGUGCGUCUGAGCAUCCCUCAUGAGCCGUGGGCACCGAGGAUCACCCAGAGUUAUCGGAUGUACGGCAGGAGAGCCAUCACUUUGCUAAAUCAUUCUCUGCCACUGGACAUCUUUUACAAGCACCAAACCAGACGCGAGUCUCAUAGAUAUGUUCUAGGACAACAAAAAAGCGGCAAGUUAUUGUCAAUGCCUAACGUCCAAGUAUGUUAGGCUUCCACCAAAGUCCUCAAUAUACCUGAACGCACACAAUAUCAACCCUUCGCUUUUAGAUUUGGAAUCUACACUGAGGUUUCAUCCUCCUUUUUUUUUUUUUUUUAAAUAUACAGAUCUACCUACAUAUAGACAUAUAUGUAUAUGUAAAAUAGACCUAGCUCACAGAUAAUCAAACCCUGCUUUAUUACUGCGAAGAUUGCCAAGAAUUUAGAGAUGUAUUUGUCAAGAUUCCUGUCAAUUCAUGCCCUUUGGGUUACAGUGUCCUCGGUGAUGCAGCCCUACCCUUUGGUAUGGGGACAUUAUGACGUGUGUAAGACUCAGAUUUACACAGAAGAAGGGAAAGUUUGGGAUUACAUGGCGUGUCAGCCGGAAUCCACGGACAUGACCAAAUAUCUGAAAGUAAAACUAGAUCCUCCGGACAUUACCUGUGGAGACCCUCCUGAGACGUUCUGUGCAAUGGGCAACCCCUACAUGUGCAAUAAUGAGUGUGAUGCAAGUACCCCUGAGCUGGCGCACCCCCCUGAGCUGAUGUUUGAUUUUGAAGGAAGACAUCCCUCCACGUUUUGGCAGUCUGCUACUUGGAAGGAAUAUCCCAAGCCUCUCCAGGUUAACAUCACUCUGUCUUGGAGCAAAACCAUUGAGCUCACAGACAACAUAGUUAUUACCUUUGAAUCGGGGCGUCCUGACCAAAUGAUCCUGGAGAAAUCUCUCGAUUAUGGACGAACAUGGCAACCCUACCAGUAUUACGCCACAGACUGCUUAGACGCUUUUCACAUGGAUCCCAAAUCUGUGAAGGAUUUAUCACAGCGUACGGUCUUAGAAAUCAUUUGCACUGAAGAGUACUCUACGGGAUAUAUGACAAAUAGCAAAAUAAUCCACUUUGAAAUCAAAGACAGGUUUGCAUUUUUUGCUGGACCAUGGCUACGCAAUAUGGCUUCUCUCUAUGGACAGCUGGAUACAACCAAGAAACUCAGAGAUUUCUUUACAGUCACAGACCUGAGGAUAAGGCUUUUGAGACCAGCGGUUGGGGAAAUAUUUGUAGAUGAGCUACACUUGGCACGCUACUUUUAUGCGAUCUCAGACAUAAAGGUGCACGGAAGGUGCAAAUGUAAUCUCCACGCCACUGUGUGUGUGUAUGACAACAGCAAACUGACCUGUGAAUGUGAGCACAACACCACAGGUCCAGACUGUGGGAAAUGCAAGAAGAAUUAUCAGGGCCGGCCUUGGAGUCCAGGCUCGUAUCUCCCCAUCCCCAAAGGCACUGCAAAUACCUGUAUCCCCAGUAUUUCCAGUAUUGGUAAUUGUGAAUGCUUCGGCCACUCCAAUCGAUGCAGUUAUAUCGAUCUGCUCAAUACAGUCAUUUGCGUGAGCUGUAAACACAACACUAGAGGGCAGCACUGUGAGUUAUGCAGGCUGGGCUACUUCAGAAAUGCUUCUGCACAGCUGGACGAUGAGAAUGUGUGCAUAGAGUGUUAUUGUAACCCUUUGGGCUCAGUCCAUGAUCGUUGUAAUGGCUCAGGAUUUUGUGAGUGUAAGACGGGAACUACAGGGCCUAAGUGUGAUGAGUGUCUGCCGGGGAAUUCCUGGCACUCCGGCUGUCAACCGAAUGUCUGCGACAAUGAGCUCCUGCACUGUCAGAACGGAGGGACGUGCCACAACAACGUGCGCUGCCUCUGCCCAGCCGCCUACACCGGCAUCCUGUGUGAGAAGCUGCGGUGCGAGGAGGCGGGCAGCUGCGGCUCGGACUCCGGCCACGGGGCGCCCCCGCCCGGCUCCCCCGCGCUGCUGCUGCUGACAGCGCUGCUGGGCACCGCCAGCCCCCUGCUGGUCUAGGCGAGCCACGGGCCACCAGCCCGGCCAGGGCCCGCCGCGGCGAGGGGGACCAGGGGGGAGGCCAAGGCGACCUGCAAGCAUUCGCUACCAACAACAUAGGAAACACACACUCAGACACCCCCACUCCAACACCGUGUACAAACUAAGAAGGCCUAACUGAACUAAGCCAUAUCUAUCAGCCGCGGACGGCACACCCGAGUCAAGACUGUUAAUUUCUGACUCCGGAGAAGUUGCCAGCUGUCGAUACUAUCACCGCAAAUCACCCGGCCCGCUGCGGAGCUUCUCGCCGACUGGGAAGGCUGCGACAGCCCCCCACCCACACAGGAAAGACAACAAACAAAUCAAGCAACCUAAAACCAUUCGCUGCUCUCCCGUGGGGUGCCCCGGCACCACUGGCCCAGUGUGUGGACCAACCAAAUAGAAGCGUUCCUUGCUGGCAGUGCACUGUGGGUAUAAGGAAAUCUGUUACAAGCUGCCAUAUUGGCCUGCUUCGGUCCCUGAACCCUUUCCAACCUGUGCUUUAGUGAACGUUGCUCUGUAACCCUUGUUGGUUGAAAGAUUUCUUUGUCUGAUGUUAGUAAUGCACACGUGUAACAGCCCCCCUCCAAAAGCUCAAGCCAGUCAUACCCCGUCUAUCUUAGCAGCACUGAAGUCAUUCCCAGUGCGAGCACACAUCCACUGUCCCAGAGUGGCUCUAGGAAAAAAGAAAGUGUAUCUAUCCUUUUGUAUUCAAAUGAAGUUAUUUUUCUUGAAAUACUGUAAUAUGUAGAUUUUUUGUAUUCUUGCCAAUUUGUGUUACCAGACAAUCUGUUAAUGUAUCUAAUUCGAAGCAGCAAAGACUGACAUUUUAUUUUGUCCUCUUCCGUUCUGUUUUGUUUCAUUGUGCAGAGACUUCUCUGUAAGGGCAACGAACGUGCUGGCAUCAAAGAAUAUCAGUUUACAUAUAUAACAAGUGUAAUAAGAUUCCACCAAAGGACAUUCUAAGUGUUUUCUUGUUGCUUUAACACUGGAAGAUUUAAAGAAUAAAAAUUCCUGCAUAAAUGAUUUCAGGAAUUUGUAUUGCAGUUUCUUAAGAUGAAAGGAGCAGCCACCAAGCAGUUCCACACUCACUUUACUGGUUUCUAUGUGGACUGAAUACAUUCAGCUGACGAUUUAGUACCCAGGAAGAUGGAUUGAUGUUCACUAGCUUGGACAACUUCUGCAAAACACGAGACUAUUUCCACUUGGGAAAAAUUAUAACAGC